UGUGUGUAAGACUUGCAGGGUAGUGGAGAGCGGAGUAUAUCCAGCUCUCUCUAAAACAACUUCUCAACACGGAAUCCGUCCUGGAGUUUGGCACCGGAGUCGCCGACCAUCUCUGGUUUUGUCCCGGGACUCAGCAGAGGGAUCGUUGCUUCCGCCGCAGCGACAGACAUCGCCGGGACCUCGGCGUUGAGAGGAUUUAUUUCGGGGUGAACAUUUACAGCUCGAGGAGUUCGCGAAGCUCGAGGGAGAAACUCUGUAAAAGUUUUGGAGUUGUGUUUUUCUGAUGCUCUUUUGCGUGCGCGCGCGUGUGUGUGUGUGUGUGUGUGUUCAUGUAAACGGAUCCGUUUCCCGAGAGGUCUGACUAUGGUUUGUGGAUCGUGUGCGGGAUCUCCAGAGUGUUGGGGAGUUGACGGCUUUGUGAGAGGGCUGGCAUGAGUUUUCGUCUUAAUUGAGUCGGCGACAGCAGGUCACCGAGCAGUGGCUGUAGCCUUCUCCCUCUGCAGCCGGCGGUGAUGCUCCACGCGACGCAUGACUGGAUGUGACUUUCUGAUGCUGCGGGAGAGCCAGGAGACGGCGACCACCGGCUGCGCAUGUUGCGCGCACCCGGCACAUACCAUCGCUGUUGCGCGACGACUGUAAAUCGAUGUGGCAUCUUCCGAGCCCCGGACGGGAGCGACAGGACACAUCCAAAACUGUCUAGGCUGUCGUAUGUUUAAGUCGAAACGCUCAGGUCUCGUACGGCGACUCUGGAGAAGCCGUCUGGUCACCGAGAGCGACGGGCGGGAUGGAGGCAGAAGAGGUGAGGGAGGACGCAGCGGCGCCUGCGGAAUUCACUCCGGGAAGCUCCACAGACACGAGCAGCGGUCGGUGACACGCGCCGACCCUGCUCCGGGACUCGCGGGGGAGGCUGGGGCCCCGACGGAGUGCGCCGAGAGGGAGGACGAGGAGCAGCCCGACGAUGACCGCGGUGCCAUGUGCGUCCCGGAGCACCGGGGCCGUCGGCCGGGACAGGAGGGCGACAGUAGUACGGUGACGUGCUGUUUGUUUGGGGAAUGGGACCUGCGACCGCGGAGCCCCCACUGGGCCCCGGGGAAAGUCGGGGGGGGGCCUUGUCAGUGCGCGGCGAGGCCCGCCGGGCUGGAGGACGAACUCGCGGGCACCGCGCAUGUUUUCCUGAAGAGACUCAAGGAGAGAUCUCUGGAGGCCCUGGCGCGGGCCGUGGACGCCAAGGGAGGGCUGCCCAGCGAGUGCGUCAUGGUGCCGGGCACUGAGCUGCGGCUCGGAGCUCAUCGCGCCUCCCCACAGUUUCUCCUGUGCAGGCUGUACCGCUGGAGCGACCUGCCGCUCGCCGCACAACUCAAACCACUGUGCCACUGCGAGAGCUUUGGCGCAGCGGACGGCGCCAAGGUGUGCUGCAACCCCCAUCACUACAGCCGCCUAUGUGGGCCAGAAUCACCUCCGCCCCCAUACUCUCUGUCCCGUUCAGAUGAACACAAGCCACUGGACUCAACUCUGUCUUACACUGAAACUGUGCCCCCGCUCCCCUCCAGUCCGCCUCACAUUACGCCAAGAGACUUCACAGACACUGGUACCUCCCUCGGCUCCUCGACCUCCGGCGGACAUCGCUCCCACUGGUGCAGCGUUGCCUACUGGGAGCAGCGCACGCGCGUGGGUCGCCUUUAUCCAGCCUACGAGCCCUCGCUCAGUAUCUUCUAUGACCUACCUCAGGGCACGGGCCUCUGCCUCGGCCAGCUCCACGCCAAUGCCUACCACAGCCGCCGCGACGACCCGGGCAGUCACGGAACAUCGGGCCUUCACGGACAUUACAGUCACGGAGGUGGAGGGAGCAGCGGCAGAAGCAGCAGCAGCAGCAGCAGCAGCAGCAGCAGCGUACAACAGAUUCGCAGUAAAAUCGGUUUCGGCAUCGUGCUGAGCCGUGAGCCAGACGGAGUGUGGGUGUACAAUCGCAGCCAGCACCCGGUGUUCGUCCACUCACCCACUCUGGACCCGCCCAGUGCUCGGGGGCUGAGUGUGAAGAGGGUGAUGCCGGGCUUCUCCCUCAAGGUGUUUGACUAUGAACGCUCCAGCUGGAUGGCCGAGCACGACGUGAAGCCUGAGAGCCAGGAGGGGCCCUGGGACCCCCACAGUGUUCGCAUCAGUUUUGCUAAAGGAUGGGGCCCGUGCUACUCCAGACAGUUCAUCACCUCCUGUCCCUGCUGGCUGGAGGUGCUACUAAACAGCCACAGAUAGCAACGCAGGCACACACUCACAGACUCACAUGAUGUUUCCUGAACCCAGUAUCCUAAUUGUAAUCUACCUAGAUUUAAUAUAAAAUUUAUAUAUUAUAUAAAAUAUAUUAUACUUGUAAAUACUCGAGUCAUUUUUACAAUGCAAUUAUUUAUGUAUAGUGUAAUGUGUAUAUGGAUAAAAAUAAAAAAAGGAACAAGAAUAUGCACUUUCCAUUCUAUAUAUGCAUUUCAGAUUCUCAGUGUCAUUUUGCAGACGUAAACUGUAAAAACAAUACAAACCUGGUUUGUGUUCUCAUGAUUUAGUGAAUUCCAUAAACAUGUAUGCCAUACACACAUUCUCAAUAAAGUAUUUGUAUUAAACGUA